AAUUGCUUGAGCGCACGCCCUUUAAAGACACACGGUGGGGCAACCGUACAUCCUACGGCGCAACAUCUGUCCAUCUUGGGUUUCACUCAUUGCGCGGUUCGGAUCAUGCACGGUGACUCGGCGGUCUAUAAUGAUGGGAGCCCAGCGAAGUUUGGUCGCUCGCUAGCAACCAACACGCCCUGCGGUAUCCGGACGCGCAGUAUUUAUCGGUCACUCGUCGCAGGCGCGUGUGCAGUCACACUUUGCGCUCGGCAGCACUGUACACAAUACACACAGUUUGUCCACCUGUGAGCGAGGAAUCUACUGCCGAGGUCCCUGUGCUGUGUGUGCGUAGAUAGUUUCAUUACACAACUGAACUGACUGUUGUUGCGCAGAGAGCUCAACCUCAAGACGUUCAUUGGUUUGCAUCGGAGAAGGUGUCAGACGUGAUGGUAUUUGUAGCGUCUGCAUCAUCAUUAUCGCCACUGCGACCAUCAUCUUCAUCAGCGGCAUCGUGGGGAGUCCCCUACUUCCAGACGGCACCUGUGGUCGGCUCGUCAAAGCGGCCCGCCAUCACACGAGACCGCCCCCGCGUGUACCUGCCGAGUUUUCGCGGACUGUUGUAAUCCGGUGUGCCCGUAAACAAGAAUCAUCCUUUCGUUUUCAUCGGUGUCACACCUCGACCGAGAUAAUCUUCAUCUGAGUGGGACGGUCACUUGAAUAGCAAACCCCUGUGCGGAUGCUAGAGUAUUGAAGUAACCUGCACUGAUUAUCGCUCUUUCGUCUGCAAAUCCUCACUGAAAAAAAGCUAUAAACCAAACGGGUUUUCCGGAUCUCAAUAACACAGAGGAAGACAAUAAGCCAACACGGGUGGUUUCAAUUUUAGCGACUCAUAGACGUCACUGACUGGCCUUCGGUGGUUGUUUUGAACGUGUGAUCCUCGAAGUGGAACAUCUCAUCAAAGAGGGAAUAAUUGAACCCCCACCCCGCCGAAAACUGAGCAGUCACAGAAAGAGGAUAGCCAUCUCGGAGCAUUGGACACCAAUAAGAUCUCAGUGCCGAGUUGAGUUUAACUCUGAUAUUUAUUCGGAUCCUAGUACUCGUGGCAAGGGAACACCGCGGACACCAACUGCAACUCACGAUGGAUGGUAUCGUAACCAAGCCCAACAGUGUGCACUGGAAGCGACCCUCGUGGUACCGCCGCCGGACCGGCCUGGAGCGCCGUCUACUAGCCCUCUCCGUACUCUUGAGCGUCGUCGCCCUGUCCUUGGUCGCCGUACUACUCCACGAGCAUAUUACGGACAGAAAAGUUUCAGAAGUUGCCUACCCACCGGCGAAAUCCACACAAUGCUCUGAGCAAGAAAUGUGUCUGACGGACGAAUGCGUCGAAGCAGCCGCUGGCUUGCUUCUCAACAUGAACUCCGCUGUCGAUCCAUGCACGGAUUUCUACGAGUACUCAUGUGGCGGCUGGCUGAAAAGUCGAGUCAUCCCGGACGAGACCAGCAAGCUCACCGUCAUCACUGAGCUCAAGCAUCGGGUGGAAUUGAACUGCAGAGGUUUGGUCGAAAAUGAAGUCGCCGAGGAUGAACCCGAGGCUAUAGUGAAGGCCAAAUAUUUAUACCAGGCUUGCAUGGACGAAGGAGCUCUCAACGACAGGGGUUUGGAGCCCCUUCGGACCGUGGUCAGUAAGUUUGGCGGCUGGCCGCUGAUGAACGACUCAUCCUACGACGAGUCGACCUGGAAUUUGGAAGACACGCUGGCCAAAGUGUUCGUGGAGAGCGGGCAGAACUACAUCUUCAUGAACUACAUCAGCAUCGAUCCACAAAACAACGACAUGCAUAUAUAUAUUAUUGAUCAACCGCAGACACUACUGGGCCGAGAGGACUUCAGGGUGGCAAACUUUUCACACAAGAAUGUGGUUGCGUACCGAGAAUACAUGGAGGCCGUCGCCUUGGAAUUGAGCCUCGCCAGUGAAGAUGAGGUGCACCACCAAGUGCUCGACAUGCUCCACCUUGAGUCGAAGCUGAUAAACAUUCAAAUUCCAAGAGGUCCUAAAAAAGAGGCGUUGAAACGUUACGAAAAGUUGACGAUCGUAGACUUACAAAAAUGGAUUCCACAGUUCAACUGGUCCAGAUAUUUCGGCGCUAUCGUGACUCCAAAUUUUAACGAGACGGAGCUGUUAGGCACCUAUGGCCUGGAAUAUCUGAAGAGGCUAGGAACGGUUAUACAGGAGACACCAACCAGAACAAUAGCGAACCUGCUGAUGUGGAGGCUAGUGCACGACAGCAUCGACCUCCUUGGGAGGAAGUCUCGCAAGCUCCGGGAGGAGUUCUCCUAUCAAGUGCAAGGCGAACACGGGGAAGCGCCGCGGUGGAAGCAUUGCGUUGACCUGACCAGCGGCAGCAUGAGCAGCGCCAUGUCUGCCAUGUUUAUCCAGAAGUACUUCGACCAGCAGAGUAAAGCGAUGGCUCUGGAAAUGAUUCAUCAGAUCCGAGGAGUGGUCCUCGACACUCUGAACGGAACGAAGUGGAUGGACGAACCGACCAAAGCCAAGGCUAUCGAGAAGUUGUAUGCAAUUCGUGAGCAGGUCGGGUUCGACGAUGGAUUAUUUAACUACACCGCGCUGCAAGAAGAAUACAAAGAUAUGGUAACCUACCGAGAACAUCAUUUUGAAAACGUCUUCGAGACACUUAAAAACUACGUCAGAUUUUCCCUGAGAAGAUUUCGACGGCCAGUCAACAUAUACCGGUGGGCUAAUCGGUACCAGCCUUACCAGGCUAACGCGGCAUACCAGUAUCCUCUUAACCAAAUCACAUUUCCGGCUGGCUUUUUGCAGCACCCUUUCUACAAUCGCAGAAAUCCCCAAUCUAUGAAUUACGGAGGAAUAGGAGUCGUUAUUGGUCAUGAAAUUAUGCACGCCUUCGAUGACAUGGGCCGAGGUUUCGACAAGAAUGGAGACUUGGACGAGAUGUGGACGGAGGAAUCUGCGGAUGGUUUCAGGCGGGAAACCAACUGUUUAGUAGAACAGUAUUCCAACUUCGUCGUGAAACAGGUCAACAGGAAGGUGAAUCCGAACCUAACGUUGGGGGAAAAUAUUGCCGACAACAGCGCCCUCAAGGUAGCAUACAAGGCAUACCGAAGGUGGGUGGAAGAAACAGGUGUAGAGGAGGCAACGCUUCCAGGAAUUAAUCUCACCCAUGAUCAAAUAUUCUUCCUGAAUUACGGACAGUUAUGGUGCUCCAAGAGCCGGGACCAAGCCAUCAUUUACCAUUUACAGCAAAAUAAUCAUUCGCCAGGCAGAUUCAGGGCGUUGGGCCCCGUCAUGAACUCGCCCGAGUUUUCCGAAGCAUUCCAGUGCAAGGUAGGGUCGCCGAUGAACCCAGUCAACAAAUGCAGCGUCUUCUGAUAAAGAGAACGACGGCAGUCACUCUGACUGAAAACAAAGUAUAAUGGGACCACUUUCUACUGUAGCGCCCUCAACGGCAGGCUGAUUUCCCACCUGAGUUUCAAACUGUGACACUUUGUGUCUUGUGUCAGAUUUCGUUUCUAUCUAGGAGGGAGUAUUAGAAGAAGAUGUGAGGGCGCUAUUUCGUUACCACAGCAUCUUCUUUGACAGACGAACCUCGUGCCGAAAGCGCAUGCGCCAGUAUUCUAUUUCGCAUUUGCGCGCAGUCAUGGGUAGAGUGGUUAUACUCAUUGCAAUGGGGUUCAACAUUUUCCGUGCUACACUUGUUCCCCUUAUUUAAUUAAUUGAUUGAUUAACUACUCUGACGCGCAGAAUGGACAUAUUUUCCGUGUGGUGAUCAUUUUCUGCAUGCCAUGAUUUGUUCGGACACCACUUUUCUUUGUGUGUAAUUACCGAUUCAGUUGCUUUCGAUAGUUUAUCAUUAACACUAUUACUGCACAAUACGUGCGUAUAUCAAUAUCUGGAGUCAACACAAUGUUCAUAUUGUAAAUACCUAUGUGCAGCAUUAACAGAGUGUAUGAUAGAUUUUAUUCACCAUUGUGUAAUGUAAGUUUAAGCUUUAAAGUACUUUACUAUAUUGCUUUUCCUUCCAUUUGGAGAUAAAACGUCGGUCACUUCUCACAUUUGUUUCGGCUCAAGGAGUAAAGUGCAUCCGGCGAAAAUUCACUGUAUCGUGAACCAUACUAAUGCACACACUAGGCCUAUAUUUAAGUUCAUUUUAAAUUUGCCACGCAUUUGAGAUACGUUGGUGUGUAGAUAUUUUUGAGCGUAAAAUGUAAUAUGUUUUAUUUUUAUUUUGCACGACAACAUCAAUGUCCGACAUCCAGAAUAUAAUUUACCGUUUUUUUCAGUCUCGGCUGUCGUGUGCGGGUUCAACUCCCAAACCGUCGAUCUACCUUGUCUCGAACCGUCUACUCUAAUAGAUACCUGGAAAUUCUCGAAAUGCUUACCGCCUUAACUGUUCCACGGACGGUCACAAAUGACAUCAUACCUAUUUGACUUCACAUUUUGUUGUGGCCACCAUCGCGAAUAACGCCGCCUCUUUCCCGGUUAAUAAUGGUCGUUCAGUACGACAAAUUGUAAACUGGGCUUGUGCAAGAUUUAUGUGUCUGGAUUUCUCCACGACAAGCCCUACUUCUGUUUGUAUAUAGACUACUUAAAGUAAAACUACUCGGUGAUAUACAGACCACUCAACCAGUUUUACAACUUGACACACUGUAUAGUUUUGAUGCCAACGUUGGCCUACCGAUGCUGUUCAGGGGCGGAUCUAGCUUUCAGGAAACAGUGGGGGAGGGGGCUGAUAUGACCUGAUUUGACAUGAUGUCAGACCCGAGAGAAUGUUGAGCGCAUGCGCAAAGUGAACAAAGCAGACUUCUCUCAAUACAGUGACACUUUUUUUGUAAUGUUUAAACAGUUUGGUUAUGGGGUAUUAUUCAGUGAUAUAGUGUUAUAAACUUCGAUUUGAACAGCGCCCCCAUUGAAAGAAUAGCCCCCCUCCCUCCCUCCCUCCCCCCGUCUCCCGCUUUUCGAUUUUACAAAGGCCAAGUAUCUGGAGAAAAA